AUGUAAUAAGUUUGCAAUAACUUUCUUGCAGAUCCCACAGAUACCAGUUUUGGAUUCUAAAUAAAAUGCAAAAAUUGCUAAUUUACAAGAAAAUAACACAUUCAAAGUGAUUUCCAUAUUCUAUUUUAGAUAAUAAUGCUAAGCCUAUUCCAUAAACUACAAGUGACAAUACUACAUCAACAAAUACUAAAUAGCUUGUUAAUGUAGUUGAUAAUGCUUUUCAAAAUCCUAAAAACUAAGUGGGUAUGUAUGGAUCUUUGCAUUAAAAAAAAGAUAUUGCAACUACAAAAACUAAUGAAUAAAAUGAGUUCAAGAAAACUACAAGUUUAAAUUAACAAUAAGACUAAAAAGAUGAAUCAGAUUAACAACUUAAUAAUUCAAUAAAAUUAGAGAGAUAAAAUUUAUAGAUCUAUAAUUCAGAAAAAUCUUCCGCAAAUUCAAAUCCACAAGACUAGGAAAAAAUAAAUAAAGCGAAUGAAUCAACUAAAGAAUAAAAUUCAAAUGUAGAAUCAUUAAAUCCUUCUGUUCAAGAAGAUUCAAAUUCUUCUUAGAAAUUGGAAUAAAUAUAGAAUUAAAAUGAAACCAAACCAAAUGAACCCUAAGAAUUAAAGCCAAACAAACUGUAAUCAAAUCCUUUCAUAUUGUAAAAUUAAAAUUCUCCUCAAAAAUUGGAAUAAAAAUCUAAUAUUUCCCAACCAUUUUAAAUUAAACCUUAAGUAUAAUUAAUUAAGGAUUAAAAAGAAUAAUAAUAAACAAUAAAUUAAUCAUAAAACUAGUCGCAAGCUUAAAAUGAAUAGGUUGUAAAUUCCUAACCUUAAAAUGAAUAGAUUGUAAAGCCAUAAAAUGAAAUUGAAUAACCUGUAAAGCCCUAAACUGAAAUUGAAUAACCUAAAAAACCUUUAACUUAAAAUGAAUAGCCAGUUAAACCCUAAACUUAAAAUGAAUAGAAACCUUAAGGUAAUUUACAAAUUCCUUAGGCCAAUUAAAAUACGAAUUAACCACCUCAAGUACAAGUUUAUUUUAUAUAAAGUCUGUAAAAGAGAGAGCAAAAGGCAUGUAAGUCUUUGGAUUUGGAGCUCCUCCUCCAAUGAAGAUUGCUUAAAAACCAGAUUAAGAGAAGCCAUUUGAAUAAUAUAUUAUAGAUAGACCAAUUUUGCAAAAUAAGAAACACAUCAGAACUUAAUAGGAUUUUUAGGCUAUUCAAAAAUGA